GGGAAACUCGCUAUUGUGGAAGGAAGAUGAAUUCUGUUCAGGAUGAGUCCUGAUUCUUGCUCAAGGACAGAAGAUAGAGGUGGUAGUGGUAAACGACUUUUCACAGUAGCAAGUGUGAAGACACCCAGCUCAAGAGCAUGUGGAGAUGAAGGACAAUCAACAGGCAAACAACCUACAAGUCAAACAGUUAUGGGAGCAGAAAGCACAGGAAACACUAUAUCUUGGGCAGAGAAGUCAGGCACUCCUUACUUGACUAGUAAGGGGAAACGUAAUGGAGGAGCACAUUCCAGAAGGUCAGGCCCUGUUCACAGUCAGCCAAGGACUGUCAGUACUGGUGACAAUACUGUUCGGCUGUACUUGCGUGGUCGGUCUGUUGUUUUGUAUGCUCCCACUGGUAUUGACAUCUCUGAAGCAGACCAGGCAAUGCUGGCACCACAACAGAAAUUACAACUGGAAUGGGUGUAUGGAUAUCGUGGGAAAGACUGUCGUUCUAACAUUUUCGUGUUGCCGUCUGGCGAAUUACUCUACUUUAUUGCUGCUGUGGCUAUUAUGUAUAAUCCAGAAUCAGGAACACAGAGACACUUUACAGAACACAACGAUGACAUUAAAUGUAUGGCUGUUCAUCCAAACAAGAAAAUUGUGGCUACUGGACAAGUUGCUAGCCAUGACAAAGAUAUGGGCAAGCCUCACAUUCUUAUAUGGGAUGUUGAAACAUUGGAAACAAUGGCUGUGAUUGGAGUGGGAGACUUUGAACGAGCCAUCAGUUGUCUCAUAUUUUCAGCACAGGAUGGAGAAAUGCUAAUUGCCAUUGAUGAAAGCAAUGAGCACAUGAUGAGUGUGUGGGAUUGGAAGAAGAAAAGAAAACUGCAAGAAACAAGAACUACCAAUGAUUCUGUUCUUGGAGUUGCUGUUCCACAGUCACAUGGUCAACUGUCCGUUGUCUCGUAUGGCAAGCAGCAUGUUUGCUUCUGGACCUGGGUAAAUGAUGGCAAACUGCAGAAAAAGAUGGGACUAUUUGGAAAACAUGAUAAGCCAAAGUUUAUUACGGUAGCUGUUUUCUCAGACAAUGGAGACGUGAUCACUGGCGACUCAAAUGGCACUAUCUAUGUGUGGGACUGCAAUGAACACAGAAUUAGACGUGCCAUCAAAGAUGCACACGCAGGAGCAGUACUUGCAUUGACUGUUGCACAAAAUGGUUUGAUGAUUUCUGGUGGGAAGGACAGAAAGAUUAUUGAAUGGGAUGAAGCGUUUACAAAAACUGGAAGAAAUGUCGAGGUUCCUGAAAUUGCUGGAGGAGUGAGGGCUAUUGUGGUCUUAGUGUCGGGUCAACUGAUUCUGGGGACAACUGGCAACAUGCUUGUAAAAGGAACCUUUGAAGCAGGCUUGCAUGAACAGAUGAAGGGGCAUUGUGAUGAGUUGUGGGGACUUGCUGUGAGUCCAAUCAACAAUCAUUUUGUGACAGCUGGAAAUGAUCGACUUGUGUGUGUGUGGGAUGCUAUGACACACUCAACUUUAUGGUCAACUACACUGUCGGAUGCAGCUGUUUGUGCUACGUUUCAUUCGACUGGUUCUGUUGUGUGUAUUGGCUUGCAAACUGGAAGAUGGCUGGUUUUUGAUGCUGUAACUGGAACAUACGUAUCUUCUGGAACUGAUGGUAGUAAAGAAAUUUCUGCUGUCAAAUACUCACCAGAUGGCAGCAAGCUGUGUGUAGCCUCACAUGACAAUGGCAUCUACAUCUACUCUGUUGAUGACAAUGGCAGAGCUUAUGAUAAAAUGGGGCGAUGUUCGGGACAUUCCAGUUUUGUUACUCACGUUGACUGGUCUUGUGAUAGUCGGAAUAUACAGAGCGUGUCCGGAGACUAUGAACUGUUGUAUUCAUAAUAGAAACAGUUUAUUUAUACGGCAAGGAUACUAAUCUAAUCAAGGGAAUGGACUGACAGUCCGACAGGCAGCCAUGCACAGACGGGCAGACGCAUAACAGACGGAACAACGAGAAGUAGUGUGCUAAUGAUGACAGGGUUACGAAAUUGUAAGUUUGCUUGCUUUAUGUGCUGCAUGUAUUUACUGAUUUAAGUUUGAAUUUAGUAUGCUAUCCUGCAUUGACGUGUUAUAGUUAUACUUCCACAACAAACGUUACAGAUAAGAACAAACUAGACUAGCAGACAUAAAGUGAGUUUAAAUGAGAUCAAAAAGGAGAGAAGCAAAACAAUCAAAUGGCGUUGCAAGGUGGAUGCGUUGUUGUGAUGUUAAUCUUCAUCGAUCCAGACAUACAAAAACUGCAAGACAGGUGGAAAUUAUCUAGGACGGGCAGGCAGGCAGUUCAGGAUUGUAAUGGUCAUGUUGUAGUAGUAUUACUGUGUAUGUUUCUCUUUUAAGUUUGCUCUUGAUGUAAAUGUUUGAUUUAAUGGAAAUUACAUGUAUUGAGACAGACAGACAGGCAGACUCAAGGUAGCCUUUUCGGCACUGGGUUUGGACAUAGCUGAUAGAAAGUGUGAAUCUACAGACCACACACUGCUCCAGAAUGCCCUCGAAAUUCAAUCCCUACAUCAUCAUUUGGAAUCACUAUACUUGGGUCACCUAUAGGAAUGGACUCGUUUGUUUCAGAGGCAUGUGUCAAUUCUGCUGAAGGAGGUAGUCACCUUUGUAACAAACUAGUUUCUUUAAAUGACCUACAGAGUGCUAUG